CAAAAGUAUUUUCUGUAAUCGUGGGAAUGAGUUCGUUUUGUUCGCAAGAUGACAUAUUUAAUCGCUCUUAUCAAGCAUUUAACAACAUCUCACCACUGUCUGACAGAUUUUCGAAGUUCCUACGCGAGUAUGCUAAAGAUGAAGAAAAUGAUGACACUAAGUCUUGGUCAAAAAUCAAAGAUAAUUGCUCGAACAAGAAUGGUGAUUCGCUGAAAACGUCUCUAACUGAAUCAUCUUCCGGUUCACUAAAUACGUCCUUUCUCAGUUCACAAGAAGCCACCAAACGAAGUAACACAGAUAACAGUCUCAUAAAAAACCAGUGUACUCUCAUUCGUAAUAAUCUUAAGUUGCUAAGAUCACAGGUUGACUUCCUGCUGAAAUUCAAUGCUUCUGAGAUAGAGGGGCUGGAUGGUCGAGUUCGCGAAACAGUGAAAAAAGAACUAGAAUCUUUAUUACUUUGGCUUGGACCUAAUUUGCCAAGGAGUGAGGAAAUAAUGCAAAAUCAGAUUGUUUGCCGAUCACCUGGAAUUAAAAGUACACCCACAAAGGUUUUUUCGAGUAGUCCUGAGAUGGUUUCAAAUACUUUACAGGAAGAUCAGAUUGAUAGCUCCAUUUUAUUGUUGAAAGAAACAUGCUCAUUUGAAACAGAUGAAAACAACGCCGUCAGUACUAACAUUCAUUCAUUCAUGAAGAAAAUGGAGGAUGACUUUGAAUGUUUGACAAACGAGUUUAAAGAUUUAGCGAAAAGAAUAGAAAAAUUUGAACAAUUAAAUUGGAAAGAGUUAUUUCAUAAUUUUCGUAUAAAAAUUCAGGAAAAAACAGUGAAAAUGUGUAUAUCAUACAUAAUUCAAAAAUUGGAUCAAAAUAAUAUUGAGAAUAAUCGGUGGUAAAGUGAUUAAAUUGAACACAUAAGAAUGAUGUUUGUAUACUUGAAAGCCAAUAUUUAACACGACUGAAAGAGUUAUGCAAAUCUAGUGUAAAUACAUUGUUAUGUAUUGUACUGAAUUUUCGCUAGGUUUUUCUUUAUGAUCUGUAGUAAUGUAACAAAAUCUAAAUUCGGGGGAUCUUGAUCACUGUUUAAUGUCAACUGAACGACUAAUAAAAUCUAGACAGGAUUUGACAAACGAUUCGUUUUAUUACGGAACUUGUCAUCAGUGUUUAACUACAAUCGUGACACUGAUCAAAUCGAGGACUCUCAAGUUAUUCAAUGGGUGCGUCACAUUUAGGGAUUAUCGAGUUGAAAUACAAAGGUCCAUAUUUUUACUCUCAAACAGUAUACAAUUUACUCAUCAACUCUAUAAUGAUAUUUUCUUUCUGAAUUUUAUUUUUAUUUAUUUAUUGUAUUUCCAAAGUGAGAUGCUGUGUCACU